GACCUUCAAGCACACGGAACCCUGUAACGGGAGAUCGGUGGGGGACUGUCGAGAGAAAAAUACCCAAUCUAAACUUCUGCCAUUUUAACCGUUCAUCACCAUCAUCAUCAGUGCCUGUACUGGCACCCGCCGUAUCAGCUGGACUAUACUUUUUCUUUUGGUAACAAGACAUUCAGGGGAGAGGAAAACAAUUUAUUCCUGCCUUGACUUCUCCCCGUUCCUCAUCUCUACACCGAGUUGUAUUCGUUUUCCCCCAGUUUGCUUUGCACACUUGCAGAGGAGGUAAGCUGAGCUGAGUGUGCCUCUUGUGUGUGUAUGCCUGUCUCGCAGCAGAACCAGUCGGAUGCUCUGAGCCUACCGGACGCAGAGCUGUAUAUGGAAGUUGUGGGCUAUAAGGCAGAAGCGAGCUGUUGCACAUUGCGUCGUUCAAGAGCGGGAGCCAUGCUGUUCCACGGGAUCUCCGGUGACCACAUCCAGGGCAUCAUGGAGGAGAUGGAGAGGAGAUCCAAAACCGACUCGCGCCUGGCCAAGGGCGUGCGGCUCAACGGAAGGGAAGCGACCAUGCCUUCCAUGGGCCCUGAGAAACCCGCGUUGUGUGCCGGCUGUGGAGGCAAAAUAUCGGAUAGAUAUUAUCUGCUCGCUGUGGACAAACAAUGGCACCUACGGUGCCUCAAAUGCUGUGAAUGUAAACAGCAUUUGGAGUCAGAGCUCACGUGUUUCGCCAAGGAUGGCAGCAUCUACUGCAAGGAUGAUUACUACAGAAGGUUCUCCGUGCAGAGGUGCGCUCGCUGCCACCUCGGGAUCUCAGCAUCUGAGAUGGUGAUGCGCGCGAGGGACUCCGUGUACCACCUGAGCUGCUUCACGUGCACCACGUGCAACAAGACCCUGACCACAGGCGACCACUUCGGCAUGAAGGACAGCCUGGUGUACUGCCGGGUCCACUUCGAGACCAUAUCCCAGGGAGAGUACCCCCACCCUGGCCUCAACUAUGCCGAGAUGGCGGCUAAAGGUGGAGGUCUGGCUCUGCCAUACUUCAAUGGCACUGGAACGGCCCAGAAGGGAAGGCCUCGGAAGAGGAAGAGCCCCGCCAUGGGCAUAGACAUCACUAGCUACAACUCAGGUUGUAAUGAGAAUGACGGGGAACACCUGGAUCGUGACCAGGCCUACCCUCCAGCCCAGAAGAACAAGCGCAUGCGUACCUCCUUCAAGCACCAUCAGCUCCGCACCAUGAAGUCCUACUUUGCUAUCAACCACAACCCAGACGCCAAGGACCUCAAACAGCUGGCCCAGAAGACAGGCCUCACCAAAAGAGUUCUACAGGUAUGGUUCCAAAACGCAAGAGCCAAAUUCAGAAGGAACGUUUUGCGACAGGAGAAUGGUGUUGACAAGGCCGACGGCACGUCACUCCCUCCGCCCUCGUCCGACAGCGGCGCUCUGACACCCCCCUCCAGCGCGGCCACACUAACAGACCUGACCAAUCCCUCUAUCACUGUAGUGACCUCCGUCACGUCUAGUUUGGACAGCCAUGAUUCGGGGAGCCCCUCACAGACUACCUUGACAAACCUUUUCUAGCAAGCUCUACGACUCCUAGCUCUUAACUCAUUUUGUUUUUUUCCCCCCAAUUUGCAAUGAUAUAUUUUUAAACAACAUCUUUAAAGAAAACAGAGACAGUUCCAUGGAUACAUAAAGUACGGUACUGUACUGUACACACAACAGAAAGCAGCAAGAACAUCGACAACAACAACAGCAACAUUUCAUCAGGAGGAGAUUAUUUUGAUGUGUAGCAUUUGCAACCGCUUGGCAGCUGAGUUUGUAGUCAACCUAUUUAGUGAUUGGUCUUGUGUCGAGGACGUCUUGAAUCUGGAAGGCAUUGACAAAUUAUUAUAGAGGGUACCACAAUCUGGGUCAGAGCCCAAAAUUAAGUUAUUUAAAUGGUAAUAGUAUAUUAUUUUUACUUUAUUUAAUUUAAUUUGUUCAUUUGAUUUGAUUUAGUCUAAAAUUGAUCCCGGCCUGAUAAUUCAUUUAAAAUCAUUAAUACUAUGUUAGUACUAUCCUAUUUAAGGCAUAUUUUGAUAUUUCCUUUUUUAAUUUUUUUUAUCUUUUAAAUAUGAAUUUUCAGAAUGUUGUGUAAAAGAUCAUUCAGAGUUAUCCUGGAUGUUAUAAGACAUUGGAGCAUUAUAGAGAUGAGUAAUUUCCCGUCUCUAAAUUAACGUUGUAUACAUUACAACAAAACAAACAUUACAACUCUAAUGCCAGGUGGCUGCGGUGACGUCAACAUGCAUUUUGUCUUAACAUGAUACACCUCAACUGUGAUAGAAAAGAAUAAGAACAGAACACAUCUCUAGAUCUGUACAGUGGUAACUGUCCAACAUGUAAUGCAGUCACGUUGAUAUUAGAAGGAGUUCAACAAUAUAAAUCAGUGAGUAAAAUUCUGAUUGGGACAGAGUUCACGGGCACUGUUUGAAAUUAUUGUUUCCAUGAUACUUUUACUAAUCUGUUGGCCUCAUUUUACAUACCAAACACACAACUGGAAAAACAAUUCUGUUGGCCUCAUUUUACAUACCAAACACACAACUGGAAAAACAAUUCUGUUGGCCUCAUUUUACAUACCAAACACACAACUGGAAAAACAAUUCUGUUGGCCUCAUUUUACAUACCAAACACACAACUGGAAAAACAAUUCUGUUGGCCUCAUUUUACAUACCAAACACACAACUGGAAAAACAAUUCUGUUGGCCUCAUUUUACAUACCAAACACACAACUGGAAAAAACAGUAGUUUAUCUGGAUUCAGCGAGCCCGUAGAAUUACUGUUAAAUACAAUUGCACAGUGACAAUAUACUGCCCAAUGGAAAGUACAUUGUUAUUAUUAUUAUCAUCAUGUUUCUCAGGGUAAAGAAGGGUUGAUUCUGAAAAAGGUAAGAAGGUCGGAGAGGAAGAUUAUAAAAAGUGAGGGAUGACGAUAUGGAAGAUUAGAUGUGUAGACCUGACAGAAACAUUACAAUGACCCCAGAAAAGCUGGAGAUAUUAGACAGCUAGUGGGACAAAGAAAUCAUCCUCCACGUUUUCUCCUUGGCCAUAUUUAAACUUUACCGACACUUGCUACUGAACAGACCAAUUAUCUUUUUCCUCUGGCUGAUUUCGGAGAAAGAGAGACAAAAAGAAAUAGAAGGAUUUCUUUCUGACGGGGUUCAACUUGUAUUUUUUGUCUCCUGGGCAAGCUGUUUAAGGUCGUUGGCGUCGGGUUGUGGUUGAUAGCAAAGCAGGACUACAUGGUGCGAAUUAGGAGAAAGAAAAAGAGAGAUUCCUGGCUGCGGGCUUCAAACAUUUUUUAUUGUAAUUGUCACAAUUUGUUCUAUUGUAGAACAUAGCGUUACUCUCAAUCUACUUGAUGAAGUAGAUGCUUAACUCAGUUCUACUAUGUGCCUUAUGCUAUAACUUGGAAGAAAGUUUGUAAACUUCAGGAUUUAUAUGUUAUUGUUUGUUGACUGAUUCACAUCCUUUUGACGCCUCACUAGUUUUGUACUGUUUUAACAUCUUAUUUCUGAAGAUCUUUUUAUGGUGUAUCCUGUUAGAAAGGGGGCAGCGGUGUCUUAGAAAGCAGCACUCUUUCAGAUAUAGUUGGUUAAUCCAAUAAUAUUCAUGUUUAUAGUUGAGUACACUAAGUGUUCUAUCGAGAUUGUCCAUGUUUCCCUGUUUCUUGACAAAGAUGGUGUAUAGAAACUAUUUCCCCUUAAAUAUUUAUGGACCAAACGGUUGUUAUAUAUCUUAUUAAAUUUUGUGUGAAUAAAAAAAUACUUUG